AUGGAUCUUGAUCCAGCUCCACGAAAAAAACAGAAAUUAGCAGACAAUGUUUCUGAUCUCUUCGGAAAGAAUGAUUUUUAUAAUUUUGAACUUAAGCCAGACCACCUUGAUAAGCCUAUAUGAGUCUGCCCAAAUGGACAUGUUUUUCUGGAAGCACACUCACCAAUAUACCAACAAAUCACAGAUUUCCUGAUAGCGAUUGCAGAGCCUGUCAGUAGACCAGAGCAUGUUCAUGAAUAUAUCAUAACUCGCUAUUCUCUUUACGCUGCAGUCUCAGUCAAACUGGACACUGAUUAUAUCAUCUCUGUGUUACAAACCUACUGCAAGACUGUAAACUUGCCAUCAGAAGUUAUUGAAUUCAUACAAGAAAACACUGCACAAUACGGCAAAGCCAAACUUGUACUAAAACACAAUCGGUAUUACAUAGAAUCAGUCUACGAAGGAGUCUUAGAUGAUCUUUUACAAAUCCAAAGUGUAAGAGUCGCUAAAGACACUGUACAGUCCAUGAUUAUUGAGUCAGGAGAAAACCAUAUAGAAGAUGUAAGAGAAGAAUUAGACCGUUUAAGAGAUGCAGAAAAUGUUGAAGUCGCUGAAAAAGUCGAAAGUUUUGAAAUUAACCCAGAUAUGAUUGAGAUAGUCAGAAGAGACUGCCAUGAUGAGAAUUUCCCACUAUUAGAAGAAUAUGACUUUAUGGUAAACAUGAAUUCACCCUUUGAGGCAAAUUACUAAUUUUUUUUCUUAUAAAAAUGACGGUAAUUUUUUUAUUAAUUAUUUUAAAUAUAAAAAAAUUUUUGAAAUAAAUUAAUUUUUAUCCACUUUAUGAAUGACACAAAAAAUAUUAAAUUAGAAAUUGACCUGAAGCCAAGUACACAUAUAAGAUCUUAUCAAGAAAAAAGUUUAAGCAAAAUGUUCAGCAAUGGGAGAGCGAGGUCAGGAGUCAUUGUGCUGCCUUGUGGAUCUGGGAAAACACUUGUAGGGAUUACUGCUGUUUGCACUAUAAAGCAUCGAGCCAUUGUACUCUGUACAAGUGGAGUAGCUGUUGAGCAGUGAAAAAGGCAGUUUGAGCUGUGGAGCACUGUAAACCCAGCUAAUAUUAUUAGGUUUACCGCCACUUCUAAAGACAAAUUCCCCGAAAACCAAGCAACCAUUGUGAUUUCUACGUAUUCUAUGAUGGGAUUCCAAGGCAAAAGAUCAGCAGAAUCUCAAGAACUCUACGACAAGCUAAAAAAUCACGAAUGGGGCUUAUUAGUGAUGGACGAAGUCCAAGUCGUCCCAGCCGACAUGUUCAGAAAGGUCAUUUUUGAAGUAAAAAGUCACUGUAAGCUUGGCCUUACCGCCACACUUGUAAGAGAAGACGAAAGAAUUGAAGACUUAAACUUCUUAAUUGGGCCUAAAUUAUAUGAAGCAAACUGGCUAGACAUGCAGAGUUUAGGCCAUAUCGCCAAAGUCCAGUGUAUCGAAGUAUGGUGCCCUAUGACUGCUGAAUUUUUCCAAGAAUACCUCAGUGCAAAACCCAGAAAAAAAAUCCUUUUAUAUGUGGCAAAUCCUAAUAAACUUAUGACAUGUCAAUAUUUAGUAAAAAAACAUGAGGCAGCUGGCGACAAAAUAAUCAUUUUCAGUGACAAUUUAUUUGUGCUGGAGCUUUAUAGCAAAGCUCUUAAACUGCCUGUAAUUUCUGGCCAAACUUCUCAGGACGAAAGAAUGAGAAUCCUUUACUCUUUUGAAAAUACGUCCAAUAACAAUGUAAUUUUAGUGUCAAAAGUCGCUGAUAACUCUAUAGAUCUCCCAGGCGCAAAUGUGAUUAUACAGAUUUCGUCACAUUUUGGGUCAAGACGUCAAGAAGCCCAAAGACUGGGCAGAAUUUUGAGGCCGAAAACCAAUAUGGUCCAGACCAGCGAAUUUAAUGCAUCUUUUUAUUCUUUGGUUUCACAAGAUACCCAAGAAAUGUGGUAUGCUGACAAAAGGCAACAGUUUCUUAUAGAUCAAGGGUAUUCUUAUAAAGUCAUGAAUAUUGUGAAUGAAGUUCUUGCAGACCAAACGCUGAAAUUUUCUAAUAAAAAUGAACAAAAGUCGUUAUUGGAAAGGCUGCUGCAGGCUAAAGAUAUAGAUGAUGAGGCAAAUGAGGAUCCAGAUGAUAUUACACCUGAGACUAUGUCAAGGAAAACGGGAGACUUGUCGAGGCUGUCAGGACAGUCAGCAGGAUAUGCACUGCAGAAGAAGUCGAUGCAGAGGCAUAAGAUGUUUAGAAUGAGAUAUAAGAAAUUUAAACCAGGAUUAAGUUAAAUUAUAUAUAAAAUUCGGUUUCCUGUUUAACAUCUCAGCCAAUAUUAAUUGUAAGAGUUUUUGAAGGUUUUUACCAGAAAUAGUGCUGCUCUUAUUUUGGCCUGACUCUUGAUACUGUCUUGGAGCCUUGGAGUGCACAGCUAAGGAGCUUAUGGCUACUGCUUGUGUGAUUGACGGGUCAAGCUGGAAAAGCUACCUAGCUUAUAUUGCAAAUACUUCAUUAUUGGACGAGGUAUACAAAUAUCAGCUAGAUAUACCCAAUAUACAUAAACUUGUUCCUGCUUAGCUUAGCUUCAGGCUGUAGCAAGGUCCUAAACUAAACAGGUGCAGGAUUUAAUAAUAUCACCAUUUUUGUGUUAAUUUAAGCCAGGAACUUAA